AAAAGUGAACUAAUCCAUUAACGUUAUUAAUUUUGGCUGCGGUCACUUUAAGAGCGCGCACGCGCAAGACAUAACCGACUGCGUUUGCGAGGAAGGCAUUUCACUGAAAUAUAAUUUCGAAAUAUAAUUUAAAAAUCGAAAAUAUGAUUAAUUGCACAACCCUAAAGUAUAGUGUUAUAAAUGUACAUACAUAAAAAAAAAAAAAAUGAAAAUAUAAAAAAAAACUUUGCAGGAUUUACGAUAUUGAUGACCGUUAAAACGCGUCAUCACAGUCAGUUAAAGGGUCUCUCGCUAAACACUUUUGCCCUCCUCAGUUCUGUUGUUGUAGGACAUUGUCUUAGUAACUAAUGGAUGAUUAAUCUAGAAACCUGAGCAUCUGUCUACUAUUUUGAGGCUGGAGGAUCACUGAACUCAAAGUACUGAAAUCGAUUGUAAUAUUUUUAUUAAGCUGGAAUGGACUCCUUGAAACGACACAAGGAUCUAUGGAAGGUCUAUAAGAAGGAAAUACCCAGCAGUACUGAGCAUUUUGCUGGCUGGAGUGUGCGUCUCUUGGAGUCGCUGCAGCCGAGUCAUCUGAGGUCACUGAUGGAAUCGUUCCUCAGGCAGCGUUCUGUAAGAUCCAAACCCAACAGAGCAUGUGACCGAGUCUCAGCUAACUCUAUGAGUUUUGAUGAGUUCUUCUCCUCUCUGAAAGAAGCGACAGGCCAAGAUUACCAGAGAAGUGACGUGGAGGAGUUAUUCAAUGAGAUGGACAUCUCCUGUGACGGUCGUGUUGAAUGGCAAACGUUCCACAACUUCAUGUUUCAGCAUUACAAGCAUGUCAUAAACUCGCUGCACGACUGUAAAAGUGUACCCAUCUCACAGCCUUUAAUACACCACUGUACCUAUAACAAGCAAGAGCCUAUCGUGCGUAUCUUGGCUUUGAGUCAGUCUCCACCUAUGCGUUACGUCAGCGUCAGCAAGAGAGGAACUCUCAUUGUGUGGAACAGUCAUCUGAACAAAAUAAAGCCACUGGAGAUGUGUGCUGACCCCUUUAAUAAACGGCAGCAUCGUAGGAGGUUCCAGGGUUGGAGCACAGAUGCCGUCUACAUGGCAAAUGUUCACAAGAUCGCCGUGUCAACCCUGAGCAGGGGGAUCCACUUCUUUGACGUUUCCACCACAUUUGGUUUUGAGCAGGUUCAUUUGUUCGGACUGAGUCAUGCUGCUACUGCUCUAUGUUAUUGGUAUGACACAGAGGCUCCAGGAGAAAAGUGUGUGCUGAUGUGGGGAGAUGAGAAAGGCUCUGUGAAUUUGCUGUGGUUUCUUCAGCCUUUCAAGGGGCUCUUUGAAAUGCCUUUCACCGACCAAACUGGCCCAUUGCAAAUCUUUAUGCCAGAUAUAUGUGCGCACAGUGCACUGAUCUCUUAUCAGCACAUCCCAAAAAUCCACAGCGAGCCGAUCAACAAAAUCCUGUAUGAGCCCCACGAUGAGCUCAUUAUUACAUCAUCAGAAAGUCCAGCCAGCUCUGUGGUCAUCAUUGAUGUCAAUCAGAAGAGUGAGAAAUACAUUUGGAGAAUACAAAAGGGAGUCAAGUGUUUUGACUUCAGCUUCUCUCUCGGUCUGCUGGUAACUGCUGGAGUGGGUCCUGUCAGGCUGUGGAACCGCUAUGUGACCUGCCGCCCAACUGCGGUUCUGCACAGUCAUCACACAUCUGUGCUGGAUGUGGUUAUUCACCAAGCAUUGGGCAAGAUCUUCAGCUACUCUAAGGACGCUGAGCUGAAAAUAUGGGAUAUUCCUUCUCGACAAUGUGUAAAGACAAUUCACCUGAAAUUCCCCAAUAUCCAAGCAGGCGUUUCUCCUGAGCAGGGCAGCUUUCCUCUGCUCCUCAACCUGACCGCAAACCCUGUGCUACUGGUGACCUGCAGGGAGUAUCUGGCCGUGCUUUCACUGACAGAAUCCAAAAAAACAGAAUCCAACGACAAGUCUGGCCUGUACACCUGUGCCCUCUAUAAUCCUCAUCUUGAACAGGUAAUCACAGCCUGUGCUGACUCCACACUGACUGUGUGGGAUGUGAAGACAGGCAUUAAGAAGAUGGAGGUAAGAAACGCUCAUGGUAAGGAGGAGGUUUCCUGUAUGGCACUAGACGUACACCAGCGCAGACUGAUCUCUGCGGCCACCAAUGGCACUAUCAAGGUGUGGAACUUACUGAAUGGCCUCAAUCUUCAUAAGCUAGAAACUGCCUCCAACACAGAGGUCACGGGGAUCAUCUGUCAUCAUGACAACCAGCUUCUAGCCACAGGCUGGAGUCGAUUGAUCACUCAGUAUAGCAUUGAGUUUUCAAAGGACAUCUAUGUGAAAGCAGACCUGUCCUGGAAGUCUGGUCAUCAGCACAGAGAGGAUAUCCUGGCGAUGGAUCACUGUCUAGGUCUGGGACUUCUGGCUACUGGGAGUUAUGACGGAGAGAUCAUUAUAUGGACGCUGGCUCUUCAGAAGCCCCUCACACAACUGCAGAGAUCCCAGCAAGGGAAAGUUCAUCUGCCCGUUCAUAGACUGCUGUUCUUGCAAAAACGAGCUCAGCAAAGUCAUUUGAGAAGCGGCGCUGUGCUGCUGAGCUCACAGGCCGGAUCUGUCUGCUGGUGGAGCAUCUGUGGGCCCAAACACAAGCAUGGACAGUUCUAUGUGCCUGAUGAAUUUAAUAAGCGUGUGAUGGGUUUAAGCACAGACCAGGAAAACAGUCUACUUGUCACUGGAGACAGCACAGGAUCCAUCAAGGUCUGGGACAUCUCACACUAUGCCUUAUCUGCUGGAGAUGUGGAGUCUGCAAAAGAAUUGCCUCCACUGUUACACUCUUGGAGGGGCCAUGAGAGGGCGAUAGUGAGCAGCGAGGUCCUGGUGUACGAGUCUCAACUCUUCGUGUUGAGCGCUUCGGUGGACCGCAGGGCCUGUCUCUGGACCCGUGAAGGAGCUUGUGUGGGCUGUUUUGGACAAGAACAGCUGUGGGAUUUGAGCAACCCAGACACUUAUCAAACCAGCAGGGACCGGACCAGUCCAAUCAAAGAAGAAAAGAAGGAGAGGACGGAGGACAGCCAAUCACGUGCUAGCCCUGAGAGAUUUAUCUGCUGGGGUGAAAGUUCAGGAGAGGGUGAUCGUCGACAAACAGAAUUAGCUCUAAACCUACAAACCCGUUACACGGCUCUACAAAGCCCAGACUUUGCGGACACGUCUGACCGCCGCAGCUCUUUGGAAAAGUUCCCGCUGCCUAAAUACAAUAAGUUUCUCUCUGGAGAUCAAGCAUGUGGGGAUCUGGAGAUAAAGAUGGCAGCGUGGCGAUGCAGGCGACGAAAUAGCGACUCUGAAGGACUCUAUCGCUUCGGGAACGAGUUCACACCAUUUCGGGCUAUGGAGAUACCAGAGAUCAGUGAGAUAGAUGUACCUGUGAAGACCUGGAAACUGAAGACGCGGCAGAGUUCCUCCAGAGCAACAGAAGUGAGCUCUCGAAUAUUCUCCUCUGAAGGUGCUGGGGAUUAUCAAACGCUGGAGGACUAGACAGUGGGUGUGAUGGAGUCCCGACGCAUUCACGUGCGUAUGAAUGGAAGUCAGUAGCUGCGUCUCAUUUCGGAGGCUGCAUCCUUCGGAGGUCGCAUUUGAAGGCUGCAUACGUCUUCAAGUCAUACGUCAUCAAGGAUGCGUGUGAUGGUGAUGCAGGAGCCGGCCGAUAAUGAGUCGGAGGUCUGACGUAGAACACGGAAGCGCUGCACUGCGUUCACUACGUCAGCAGCGUAUGAGACUGACUGGGAAGAGAAGAAAUUGUUGAAUAAACUCGUUAUUUUUGUUUUGUUUUGUUUUGCGCACAAAAAGUAUUCUCGUCUCUUCAUAACAUUAAGGUUGAA